GAAGAUAAAAAAACAAAAUAUGCAUUAUUUCAUGCAUCGGUUCCCAAAGCUGCCUUAGUUGCAACAGCUGACACUAUUCUUCCAAAUGUCUGUAAAGUAUUGCGAAAGUAUUUGACUGUAGAGAUAUUAAAAAUUCAGGAGGAUCAAAUAAAACAAUUGCUGCAGUAUCAUGGUGUAAUGGUAAUACAAGAUGAACUACAAAGAUAUCGUGCAAUCAAUCUUGAUGAUCCUAACUUGUUUGAGAGUCGAAAUCUUAUUGAUAUUGUUGCCAAAGCAAUGCUAAAUCUUGUCAAUAAUAAUCAGAUUAUUGAAAUCAAUGAAUCAAAACAAGAACCAUUUUUAGUUGUGCAAAAGUUUGAGACAGAACAAUCAAUAGCAACAGGCUGCAGUAAUUCAGUUCUCUAUCUUAAUGCUUUAAUUCCAGGUACUAUGUAUGAAGUGCAGGAUGCACAUCGUAAAAUUAUAGAUGAAC